UAGCAUUCACUCAAAAUUAAACCCACCAACCAACCAACUUUCAAAACCCAUUUGUUCAUCGGCAAAAUAUUGAAUUAUGAAAAGAUGAGAAUGAAGAAGUGAUAUAUUGAAUUUGAAUGUAUGAAUGGAAGGAAUGUUGCAGUUUGCUGUUCAAUCCGUUGAGUGGACUUAUUCUCUCUUCUGGCGCUUCUCUACUCAACAACGGAUGUUGAUUUGGGGAAAUGGCUUCUACAAUGGACCCAUCAAGACCACCAAGACCGUCCACCCCGCCGCCGGCGCCACCACCACCACCCAACACCACCAACAUUCCGCUUCUCUGUCCCUUCACAGAACUCAUCAGCUUACGGAUCUCUAUAACUCCUUAUCCGCCGCCGACACCUGCCGCCCCACCUCCGCCGCCCUCUCUCCCGAGGACUUGACCGAGUCCGAGUGGUUCUAUCUGUUGUGUCUCUCUUUCUCUUUUCCUCCGGGGCUCGGAUUGCCUGGAAAGGCAUAUUCGAAGAACAAACAUGUGUGGGUUACAGGUGCGAAUGAGAUUGAUAGUAAAAUUUUCUCCAGAGCUAUUCUUGCUAAGAGUGCUGGCAUAAAGACAGUGGUUUGCAUUCCUGUUAUGGAUGGUGUGGUUGAACUAGGCACCACAGAUAAGGUAAAAGAAGACAUGGGCUUCAUUCAACACAUUAAAUCUAUAUUCGUAGAAACAGAAAAGCAGUGGGAAGCACAAAAACCUGCAGUCUCUGAGCUUUCAACAUCCAAUUCUGCCACUUCGUUGGAGCAUUAUUAUUAUAAGCACUUGUUUUGCAGUACCAACUCAGGCAACAGGAAAGAAUUAGAAUUAGAAGAUGAGAUGGAUUCAGACAGCUCAACCAGCAACAGCAGCAAUAGCAAUGCCGCUGGAGGCGGAGGAGGAUGUCCUUGUUGGCCAAGUACUGUAGCUGCCGCCGUGACUGCCGGAGAACCAAGCGAGUUAAUAAUGCAACUUGAACCAUCUGAAGACAUCCGACUCGGCUCACCUGAUGAUGCUUCCAACAAUUUUCUCCCCAAUUUGUCCCACUCACCCCCACCAGACCUCCACACCAAUUUUGACUACCAUCCAAAUCCACAUCCACCUUCUAAUACCAACGCUACUACUCAACUUCAACUGCCAACCCUAGAAUACUCUUCGGCAGCAGUGGCAUUGAUCACGGAGAAUCAAGACAUCCACUAUUCCAACAUGCUCUCAGCCAUCCUAGAUCUAAACCAAAACCACCAGUCGAGCCAGUGGCUAGACUCAUCCGCCGGCAGCAACAUCACUUUCUCCACCCAAUCAGCCUUCUCCAAGUGGACUUGCAAUUCAGAUUAUCUUUAUCGUGUUCCGACGGGAACAGCUAGCACAUCUCAAUGCUUACUCAAGAGCAUUUUACAUACUAUACCCUUCCUUCACAAACAUCAUCGUGACCACAAUCAACCUAGAUCUUGUGAUGGCCAAUGGCGGAAUGGGAUGCCUCAAGAUUUUCUCACCCACUCUGAAUUACUGAAUGACAAGUUUAUCAUCCUACGAUCCGUUGUACCUUUCGCGACUAAAAUGGACAACGCCUCAGUUUUGGGGGAUACAGUGAAGUACUUGGAACAACUUCGUCAAAAGAUUCAAGAUCUAGAAGCUCAGAACCGGGAAUUCCAUAGUAGGACCAGUUUUCAAGAACUACAGAGGAAUGCAGCAGUACCUAGAACCUGUUUCGACAAAAGAAAGCUAAGGAUUUUGGAGGGUAUUGGGGAUGGAUGUACAAGGCCCAAGGUGCUUAAGUCGCCUUCACCAAUAACUUCACUGGAUACCAAUUUGCAGGUUUCAAUUAUCGGAAGUGACGGAUUGUUGGAGCUCCAGUGCCCAUAUAAGGAAGGACUGUUGCUUGAUAUCUUGCUCAUUCUCCAAGGGCUUCGAAUUGAGACCACAUCAGUAAGUUCAUCCGUGAGCAAUGGAGUCUUCACAGCUGAGCUACGGGCCAAGGUAAAGGAGAAUACGGAUGGGAAGAAAGCAAGCAUUUUGGAGGUAAAGAGCGCAAUACAACAAAUCAUACCCUGUGUUGAUACUUGAGCAUAGAAAGAAAAAAAAGUAGUGAAUAUGGGAAUUCAAAAGUUCAUGGGAGUGGAAGCUUCUGUGUUUUGCUGCCAUUCGAGGAUUGAAAAUCUGCACUUGCGAACCAUCAGUUCUCAAUAGCUGUUGCACAAAAAUAAAAUAUUAAUGAGAUAGUUAAAUUAUGAUCUACAAGGAGAAAUAUGCACACCUUUAAGACACUACUUCCAAA